AUGCGGGCGGGGGCGGGGCAYGAAGCCACGCCCCCUCGAAGCCACGCCCCUUCUCCGGUGACCGGCGGCGGCGGCGGCGGCGGCAUGGCCGUGUGGACACGGGCGUGUAAAACCGGGCUGCUGGAGCUGCUCCUCCGCGAGCGCUGGGUCCGCGUGUCCGCGGAGCUGACCGGGGAAACGCUGAGCUUAACGGCGGAACCGGCAGCGGGGGAGCCGUCGGUAGUGAACGGCGUGGUGAACGGCAGCGCGGAGGCRGCGGCGGCGGCGGCACCCGGUGGCGUGAGGAGGGUGCGGGUGGUGAAAGCGGAGGCGGGAGGGCUCGGGAUCAGCAUUAAGGGAGGUCGGGAGAAUCGGAUGCCGGUGCUGAUCUCACGGAUCUUCCCGGGAUUGGCGGCGGAAAGGAGCGGGGCGCUCCGGUUAGGCGACGCCAUCCUCGCCGUUAACGGCGUCGAUCUCCGCGAUGCCACCCACGAUCAAGCUGUGCAGGCGCUGAAGAGAGCCGGGAGGGAGGUCAUCCUUGAAGUGAAGUUCAUGCGGGAGGUGACGCCCUACAUCAAGAAGCCAUCGCUGGUGUCAGACCUGCCCUGGGAGGGGGCGGCCCCGCAGUCCCCCAGCCUGAGUGGCAGCGAGGACUCGGGGUCCCCCCAGCACCAGGGCCCCCGGGACCGCAAGGUGAUCCCCCUCAAGAUGUGYUUCGCCGCCCGGAACCUCAGCAUGCCCGACCUGGAGAACAGGCUGAUCGAGCUGCACUCGCCGGACAGCCGGAACACGCUGGUGCUGCGCUGCYGCGACACGGCCACUGCCCACGCCUGGUUCAGCGCCCUGCACGCCAACAUCACCGCSCUGCUGCCCCAGGUCCUGGCCGAGCUCAACGCCACGCUGGGCUCCGGCAGCCCCCCGGCCGGCGGGCGCGAGGUGAAGCACAUCGCCUGGCUGGCUGAGCAGGUGCGCCUGGACGGCGGGAGGCAGCAGUGGCGGCCGGUGCUCAUGGCAGUGACCGACAAGGACCUGCUGCUGUACGACGGGAUGCCCUGGACCAGGGAUGCCUGGGCMUCCCCCUGCCACAGCUACCCGCUGGUGGCCACCAGGUGCCCCGCGGGGCUGACAGUGGCUGUGCCCGCAGGCUGCACGCUGGGCGGGCAGGAGGUGCAGCUCUCCAUCCACUACGAGGGCGGAUUCACCAUUUCCCGGGAUGAGCCGGGCUCCAGCGUCCUCUUCCGCUACCCCUACGAGCGGCUGAAGAUGUCUGCAGAUGACGGCAUCAGGACCCUCUACCUGGAUUUCGGGGGUCCUGAAGGGGAGCUGGCGCUGGACCUGCACUCCUGCCCCAAGCCCAUCGUCUUUGUGCUGCACACCUUCCUCUCGGCCAAAGUCACCCGCAUGGGGCUGCUGGCGUAGGUGCCCCGACCCCCCUGCCCCGUCAUGAACCAGCCGAGGGUCACAGAGGGACCCCAAACUCUCCCUCCUGAUGGGUGCCUUGCUGGGCUGGGGUCGCUGCCCUGAGAGCUGCGGGGACUGCGGGGGCAGGGUCAGCUCCUCCCGCCCCACACCAGCGCUCCCAGCCCCACAGUGCCCCAGGGGCCGGGUACCCACACCAGCUUUAAUCCCCCGGGGCUGAAGCCAUCACUGAUCUCACCGCCUGUGCCUUGCAAUGGGGCCAGCUCGGCCCCCCAGAUCACGUCCAGGGGAAUCAGCGUCCCCCUGCCUUGGGGCUUCCCCCAAAGAGGUCACAUUGUCCCCACGUGGGACAGGGCUGGGGCUGUGGGACCCCCCAUUGCUGCAUGACAGGGUCCCUGUGCCCCGCUCAGCGUGGGGGGACACGUUUGUCUUACAGGGGGCACUCAGGGGUGUCCCCCAUCCCCCAGUGCCCCCCAGCAGUGACCCCCAAAUCUCCCAAAGCCAGAACAAACGCCGUGUCUGUGCCCUGGGCCGGGGGCCGGGGCUGCAGAGCCCCCCUGGGCUGUCCCUCCACCGGGACRGUCCCUCGGGCAGGACAUGUAGAUUGAUGCACUUUUGCUUUUUGUACUUUCCCUCCCCUUGGGGGCAGACCCCACACCCUGGGGGGCUGGGGGGGUCCAUGUGGGGCCAGAGUGGGACCCCGAGGGCUCCCAGCAAGGCCCCAGUGCACCCCUGCACAGCCAAACCRCUGCACAGUUCUCUGCUCCUGGGGGGCUGUGUCGUCCAGGGGUGCUGUGGARUCCUGUGGGGUGCUGGCCCGGGGUGCUGCCCCCCUCCUUCUAUUUUUGUAUUCUUUGUAAAUCGCUAUUUAUAUCAGAUUGCCUUUUCCAGGG